AUGGAGACUAAUCACCCUAGACAGCCCUCAGCUGAACAGCCAAAAUCUCCCGGGGACAGCUCAUCACUCAAUCACAACGGCCUAGGAAAGCAAGAUGGCCAGUCGCCCUCCACCUCACUUGGAGCACCAGAGCAGGAGACAAGUGUACACCCUGAGAAGGGAACCCACGACAUCUCUGAAGAGUUGAACCGGCAACUGGAAGACAUCAUAAGCAUGUAUGGGUCUGCUGCCAGUCCCUCGGGAACCGAGGGUACCACUGAAACAAAGGAGAAGCCUGAAAACACGGAGGCGCCGGACAAUGAGGAUGGAGAUUGUGAGGAAACCAUUGAAGAGACAGACAGAGAACCCACUGCUUCUGAAGAGCCAGCCGCAGCCAAAGAGCCUGUCAGCAAUAAAGAGCAAAAGCUGGAGAAGAAGAUCCUAAAAGGAUUAGGCAAAGAAGCUAACUUGCUAAUGCAGAACCUGAACAAGCUGCCAACAGCUGAAGAAAAGCUUGAUUUUUUAUUCAAGAAGUACGCUGAGUUGCUGGAUGAGCAUCGCACGGAGCAAAAGAAACUAAGACUCCUGCAGAAGCAGCAGGCACAGACCCAGAGAGAGAAGGACCAGCUGCAGAGUGAACACAACCGAGCCAUCCUGGCUCGGAGCAAACUUGAGAGUCUGUGCCGGGAGCUGCAGAGGCACAACAAGACACUGAAGGAGGAAACCCUCCAGCGGGCACGCGAGGAAGAAGAGAAGAGGAAAGAGAUCACGAGUCAUUUUCAGACUACCCUGACAGAUAUCCAGACUCAGAUAGAGCAACAGAGUGAGCGGAAUAUGAAACUCUGCCAGGAGAACACAGAGCUCGCAGAAAAACUGAAAAGCAUCAUCGACCAGUAUGAGCUUCGAGAAGAGCAUCUGGACAAAAUAUUUAAGCACCGAGAGCUGCAGCAGAAGCUGGUGGAUGCGAAACUGGAGCAGGCUCAGGAGCUGAUGCAGGAAGCGGAGGAGCGUCACCGGCGGGAAAAGGAAUAUUUGCUGAACCAGGCAGCAGAAUGGAAACUCCAGGCCAAAGUGCUGAAGGAACAGGAGACAGUGCUGCAGGCUCAGCUCACCCUCUACUCAGGAAGGUUUGAGGAGUUCCAGGGUACACUGUCAAAAAGCAAUGAAGUGUUUGCCACUUUCAAGCAGGAAAUGGAUAAAACAACCAAAAAAAUGAAGAAGCUGGAGAAGGAUACAGCCACAUGGAAAGCCCGAUUUGAGAACUGUAACAAAGCUCUGUUGGACAUGAUCGAAGAGAAAGCCCUAAGAGCUAAGGAAUACGAGUGUUUCGUGAUGAAAAUCCAGAGGCUGGAGAACCUUUGUCGUGCUUUACAAGAAGAGAGAAAGGAACUUUACAAAAAAAUUAGAGAAGCGAAAAUGUCCGAAAAGGAAGAGCAGGGUCAGCACACCUCUGAUGAAGAGCCAGAGUCAAAUGUCUCUGAAGAUAAAGAAAUAGAUGCAGAGGGAGCCAACAGUGUUCAAAGCGCUGUGAAAAACCUGGCCAAGGCUUUCACCAUUCUUCAUCAUCCGGGGUCCACCCUGGACCAAUCAGAGGAAAGACAGCCCGCAGUGACUGGUCCUCAGGGCGGAAGUGACAUCAUCCCCCAGCAGCCCGAACUUGCCUUUCUGAGCCCUUCUGCUGCUUCAGGGAGUCCUGAGCCUCCUGUAGCUUCUCAGGCUGGGGGCGGAGGGGUCUCUGAGGCUGCACCUGCCUCUACAGCCAGCUGUACCCCUACAGGGCCAGAGAUCCAAAGCCCGGGACUCCCUCCUGGGAACCUCCAGGACCUGAAGCUUCAGGAGCCGGAGGCAAAAGCUUCUGGCCAGGCCCCACUGUCCCCAGCCCAGGGCUCCCUAGCUGUAGUGGAGGCAAAAUAUGCUGCUCCACUAUCUCCAGGGAGUGAGGGGGUCCCUGCUGUGGUACCUGGCUGUGAGCCCAGGGAGCAGCCCCCACCAGCAGCCACAGAGAAUAUCCCAGACCCUUCCACCGGGCUCCCCAUAGAGGCUGACACCAGUCUGGAUGGAGUAGACUAAGACUUAGGGAUUCUUCAGGCUGUUCACCCUGCUGAAUCUUCCUCACGGCACAAUGUCUGUGAAAG